AUGAGCACAGAGGAAACGUUUGACACUGAUACAGCAGUGAAUACAUUGUUUAUGCUCUACUGUACGUCAUUGAUGGCGGUUGCAAUCUUAGGGGUAGCAUUUUUCUAUUCUGGGUUGACUCAAAGAAGAUCAUCACUUACAAUGCUUGGGUUGCCUCUUUUGCUUACGGCUUUUGUGUUCGUAGAUUGGUUUAUAUGGGGCUAUUCAUUAUGCUAUGCCACUGCUAGCAAUAAGUUUAUAGGCUCGUUGAAUUUUGCAGUAUUAAGGCACUUGGGAAGCGAAGACAAUUUUAUUUAUUCUACUCCAAGAGGAGACAUCUUGUCUUUCAAUCAUUUUCUAUUCAAUGGAAUUAUGAAAGCGAUAUGUGUAACGCUAACUUUGCCAGGCUGUAUUGCUGAAAGGGGGAGAAUCAUUCCAAUGCUUGUGUUCUUAUUCUUUUGGUCUUGUAUCAUAUAUAAUCCAGUCACUUAUUGGUUUUGGAAUAAGAAUGGCUUUUUGUCAGCUCAGUUGAUGAAAUUGCCAGUCCUUGAUUUCGCAGGAGGGUCUCCUAUUCAUAUAGUUAGUGGAUUUACUACCUUGGCAUAUUCAUAUAUAUUGGGGCCAAGGAAUCCUAAAUUGCUCUACAACUAUCGGAAUUCUAAUACUGGUUGGAUUAUAGUUGGAGCCUUUCUUACAUUGUGUGGUUGGGUUGGAUUUAUUGCUGGUUGUGAUUAUAGAUUUCUGGCUCAAUCUGGCUACAUCGUAAUUAACACCAUCUUGUGUGGGGCUGUUAGUGGAAUAGUAUGGACCAGUAUCGAUUAUUAUUGGUCAUCAAUACCGUUUGAUGAUGAAGUGUUAGAAUCUAGUACUGGCUCAGAUACGGAAAAGAUCAACAUCAUAAACUCAACAAAUACUGGUGUUGCGCCUGAUGAGUUUGGGAGGCACUUGACACCAAAGAUAUCUCAAACAGGUGUUGCAAUUAAUCAGCAUGCGCACUCGAAAAGUCCAAACCCUAGGCGCAAGAUUUCAUUAAUCUCGUUCUGCUCUGGGAUAAUGACAGGUUUAGUAGUUAUAACACCAGGAGGAGGUUACGUUUCGUCAUCUGUUGAAUUUUGGAAAGCAAUAGUCUUUGGUGUAGUUGGAGCGAUCAUUGCAAACGUAUCGACUAGAUUGAAGUAUUUUUUCAAAAUAGAUGAUGCUUUGGACAUAUUUGCAAUUCAUGGAGUUGCUGGUAUAGCAGGAUCAAUUUUGACCGGAAUCUUUUCUGCUUCUAGAUAUGAUUCAGAAGGAGGAUGGGUUGAAGGUAAUUGGAAACAAAUCGGAUAUCAAAUACUUGGUUGUGUGAUCACGUCGAUAUAUGUAUUUGUUUUUAGCUGUGUUCUACUUUACAUUAUUGACUACAUUCCUCAUUUACAUUUGAGAAUAGAUAAAGGUUUUAACAAGCGCAUGCGGAAACAUUUGGAGAACAGCACAAAGUCCACGAAGGACGUUGAACAGCAGGAACACCAGGGGGAGCAUGAAGAUGUAGAGAGUGAAGGUGAGACUUUAGAAUUGUUGGGGACUGAUAAUUAUGAAUUCAACGGAGAAUUCUCAAUGGAUUUCAUGGAAUUUAUCAAAAUUCUUAGGCCAGAUGAUUACGAUGAUCAAGACGUAAUAGAAGGAAAUGAGAACUACCAUCCCAAUGGAAAUCUGACAGAUAAUAUAUUCGGUGACUCAUCUGAUUUUAAAUUACAUUCUGAUCACCAAGGGAUAAUAAAUAGAAGAGGAUAA